AUGUCUGGAGGAGCGCCUAUCCCUGUCGCCGUCAAGGGCCAGGAGAUUCUGUGCAUCGAAGAUAUCAAAGAACGGGCAGAUGCCAAUCUUCCCGAAAUCGCGAGAGAGUUCUACAACUCCGGCUCGACAUACCAAACCACCAUCGCCGAAAACUCGUCCUCCUUCAACAAGUACCGCCUCUUGUCGCGCGUCCUGGUCGACGUCUCCCGACUCACCACCCAGACCGAAUGUCUGGGUCGGACGGUGAAAUUCCCCUUGGGGGUCUCUCCGGCCGGCCUCCAGGCCAUGGCUCACCCGGACGGUGAACUCGCCACGUCGCGGGCCUGUGCGAGGAUGGGCGUCAACAUGGCCGUAUCGAGUUUCGCCAACUACACCGUCCAGCAGAUCGUGUCGGCGGGACAGACACAGGCCGAGACGGACGGCGCCGGACCCGGCGGCCCGCACUACGCGAUGCAGCUGUACAUGAUGCGCGACCGCGCCCUGCAGGAACGCAUCAUGGCCGCCGCCGAAGGGGCCGGGUGCAAGGCCAUCUUCCUCACGGCGGACAGCCCGGUGUUGGGGGUCCGGUUCAACGAGUGGCGCAACGACUUCCGCACCCCCGACGGCCUGGGGUUCCCCGUGUUGGGCUGGACGAGCGAGAUGAUCCGCCGGGCCACGCACGACACCAGCUUCAUGUCGUUCAACGACGACACCCACAGCUGGGCACGCGACGUCGCCUGGCUGCGGUCACAGACCAAGAUGGAGAUCUGGAUCAAGGGCGUCCUGGCGGCCGAGGACGUCGAACUCGCGAUCGAGUACGGGUGCGACGGCGUGCUGGUCAGCAACCACGGUGGACGCCAACUGGACGGCGUGCCUUCGACGCUGGACGCGCUGGUCGAGUGCGUGGACGCGGCCAAGGGGAGGAUCCCCGUGCACAUGGACGGCGGCGUGCGCAGGGGCAGCGACAUCUUCGUGGCGCUCGCCUUGGGGGCACGGCACGUCUGGGUGGGUAGACCGGCGAUCUGGGGGUUGGGGUACAAGGGGCAAGAAGGGGUCGAGAAGACGUUGGAGGUGCUCUACGAGGAUUUCAGGAGGUGCAUGGCGUUGUGUGGGUGUCGUACUGUGGCGGACAUCAAGAGGAGUUGUUUGAGGCGCAUGGGGAUUGAUGGGGUGUUGAGACGAGUGGAGUGAGGGCCGAAACCAAAACAGGGAGGGUGUUGAUUUAUGCCGCCGAGUCCCACUGAUGAAUGCAAUACGCGUUGGUAUAUCGAAUAGAGUCGAUAGGGAUAUUGGGGUAGGUAGGGUCAAGAUGAAGGCGUCGGUAGGCUACGAACAAAUAUUUCUAGAAGACUUUACGUUCUUUCACA